GUAAAUUAUGCCUCCCAAGCCAAAUCCAAAUGAAAAGAAAGAGCUUGUUGUCAAAGUUGUAGCUGGUGAUGCUGCAGCUGGUGCUUCUCUUGGACCAAAGGUUGGUCCUCUUGGACUUAACCCAAAAAAAACUGGUGAUGAUCUUGCUAAAUCAACCCUUGCAUGGAAAGGAUUGAGAGUAACAGUCAGAAUUACUGUUGUUAAUAGAGUAGCUACCUAUGAAGUUAUUCCAUCAGCUGCUGCUCUUAUUCUUAAAGCACUUAAAGAACCACCAAAGGAUAGAAAGAAGAACAAGGGAAUUCCAACCGUUCACUCUGGAUCUAUUUCAAUGGACGAUGUUUAUGAAAUUGCUAGAACAAUGAGACCAAGAUCACUUGCUAAGACAUUUGCAGGAACAGUUAAAGAAAUUCUUGGAACCUGCAAUUCAUGUGGAUGCCAAGUAGAUAAGAAAUCACCAAAGCAAGUAAUUGCAGAAAUUAACAAUGGAGAAAUUGAAGUUCCAGAAAACUAAAUGAAUUUUGAAUUGUUAAAUUGAAUUUUAAAGUUAUAUAA